AUCGAGGUGGAGGUGCAGCACAGCAACUGGAAGCAGCGCCUGGAGGACGCUGGGGAAAUGAUUUUUGCUUAUAUUGCGGGUUUGACGGAAACGCCCCCGGGGGACUGGUUUGUGGCGGAGCAGCAAAGACUUGCUGCUUUCAAACAUAUUUUCUUUUUGCCCCACGACAUCCUGCAGGCCACAAUAGAUCUCGCCACAGAGACACUGCCGUCGCGCGUGGUGGAUAUGAGGGGCCUCUCUGUGCUGUUUCCUAUUGCUGCUGCUGUUGCUGAUUCUGCUGCUGGUGUGGGGCCCCUCUUUGGAAGCAAAGAGAAGCAGCAGCAGCUUCCUCCUGCUGCACUGUACGUACACCCCACCUUCUCGAGGACAGCCUUCAAUGCCGUUCGGGUGUACAUACAGACGCCGCGUACAGUUCGGAGCUGGGCAUUGCUGACGAGGCCACGCUGA